AUGUCUGGUGCUCGAUUAAGUCAUUGCCAAGUCAAUAUCAAAAUGAGCCAUACAAUAACGAUGUCUAUUAAAAGAAUUCGGAAUGAAAAUUUUGAGCCUUUUAUUAAUAAUGAAGGAUUUUAUAAAGACCGCGGGCUCGAUCGUCCUCCAUCAAUUCAAAAUCUUAAAAAGGAAGAAGAAAUGAUUCGUAAGGGAAAAGCUUGGUAUGAGAGUUUGGAUCCUCACUUUAGAUUGUAUUAUCAUAAUACAUUAAGCUCGGCAAGGAGACAUGCAAAUUUUAUGAAUGUCAAAUCCCCUAAAGACUCUCUUGACAUAAUUUUAGCCAGCGAAUAUGAUCACUCAAAUGACUUAUUUCUUAAGAAACAAGAAGUUUUUACACAACCAGAAACAAUUGAAAAAAUGACAUUCAGGAGGCUCAAAAAUACACGAGAUGUUAAAAUCGAGCCACCUGUGUACUUAAGUCAUCCAUUGAAAAAAGGAGGAAUUACUGAACGACUUUCGACUCACAGCGUCAAACUCAUCAAUUCCGGACCACAUUCUCAAAUCACUAAUCAUGGCUUUAGUCGCCAAAAUGUUGAUGGAAAUUUCUACAAUUAUUAAUUUUAAGUUUUCCAUCAACUUCAGAGAACAUCAUUCAAGAUGCAAAUUAAGCUCAACUUUUUAUGACAAAAAAAAUAUU